CACUUCUUCUCCUCAUCUCCAACUCCAAUUCCCACAACGACUGCAAACACAACCUCCUCCCUCCAACGGCCAAACCACCACCACCACCCCCAAAAGAAAAUAACCAAAAUGACCGCAACCGCAACCCCCUACCUAACAGCCCUCCAACGCGAUGGCUUCGUGCGCAUUCCAUCCCUCCUCACCCCCGAAGAAAUCACGCACUACCGCACCAUAGCGACAAAGGCAACACAGCUGACGCGAACAGGCCAAUGGCCGUACUUCCGCACAGUGCCCAAGCAAUUCCCACCGUGGCCCAGCACCGCGCCGCCAGCCUCCGAAGGCGGCAUCUGGGGCGUGCAGCACCUACUGCACCCAGAGAUGCCAGGCCGAGCGGACUUCGCGCGCUUCUACUUCUCCGAGAAGGUGCUGGCCGUAGCGGAGGAGUUGCUCGGGGUGCGCAGCGCGCCCGGCACAGUCCAGUCACCCCAACCAACCAACAACUCACCCUCAACUGAAGACGCACCCGACAAUGAACCCCUAGUAAUGGAACUCUUCAACCUCCUCGUGGCGCCGGAAACGCACGAUUUCGCGCUCAGGUGGCACCGCGACGACAUCCCUGAGCACGUGACGCCAGACGAAGAGCUAAGGCUCCUGCACCAGAAGAGUCCGCAGGGCCGCCAGUCGCACGCGCAGUAUAACCUGGCACUGUGCGAGGACCGCUCGCUGAUCGUGAUUCCGGGAUCGCAUCGGCGCGUGCGCACGGAGGUCGAGCGCGCCGCGGAUCCCUAUGCGUCGGAGUUGCCUGGGCAGCUGGUUGUUGAGCUGCAGCCGGGUGAUGCCGUGUUCUACGAUAGUAAUAUCCUGCACCGUGGGGUGUAUCGGGCUAAACCUGCGGGGCAGGUGGAGGAGCCUCGGUUGACGUUGCAUGGGAGUAUUGGGUUGAAGGGGGAGGGUGGGAGCGGAGCAGCGGGGAAGGUGCGGGCGACGGCUGUGUUGCAGCAUGGUGUUGGUGCGUGGGUGCGCCGCGAUGAUGCGGCGUUUGGCAUCGGGGAGCGCGCAGAGAGGAUGCGCGCGAAUCUGGUGGCUAUGGGGUCUGGGGAUGGGGUGGGAUUUUCGCUGCAGGGUUGA